AUGGCAAUCCCCAGUGCAUCUUGUCUCCUCUUCCUCCUCUCGUCCAUACUCUUCCUUCUCACACCCCCUUCCAUUGCCAAUGAUAAUAACAUUAUGCUCACCGGCGAUGUCCUCGGCCCCGACGACGAGCUCUCCUACCUCGAUACUACCCUUACUAUGCAAAUUGACUGCAACCUCGUUUUGUAUCAUUACAAGGGUACUCCGGCCUUCGAUUCCAGCACGUACGACCGGGGUGUCGUUAACUGCAGCGUCGCCCUCAACGAGCACGGUCAGUUUGUCAUCUCAGACCCGAACGGCAAUACCAUAUGGGUCUCCGGGAGACCCGGCCGGAAAGGCACGUACGCGGCCGUGCUCCAACCCGACAAACAGGUGGGCAUAUAUGGCCCGGUUGUCUGGUCCACCUCUAACCUGGGAUCCACCAAAUAUGCUAUGGUAGACGACGAAGACGAGGCUAUUCCGACGGUGAAGAACACUUUGUUCUCAUCCGAGAUCAUCGCUGAUGGCGCGGAGCUCACCACCAGGGAUUACCGAUUCAUUAUGGAUGAAAGCUGCAGUUUGGAGCUGCGCAAAAGUGACUUGUACAUCUGGGUAUCCGGAACGGUAGGCCGAGGCCAGCACUGCUUUCUACGGCUUAAUCGCAGGGGGCAGCUCACCAUCAAAGACGACAUGUAUAAGACCAUAUGGUCCACUGAUCCAUCACCAGAUGGCGUUGGUGACUACGUGUUAAUCCUCCAAUAUAACGGUCAGGCUGCCGUCUAUGGACCGUUAAUUUGGUCCACCGGCGAUGAUGGCCAAAUCAUCUAUCCUGCCGUCUCUCCUGCUCCAACCUAUUGA